AUUGAAAAAUAAAAAACGAACACGAAGCAUAUUGUUUUAUUAGAGAGAGAGAGAGGGAGCCAAGCACUGAGAGUGGGACUCGAAGACUUUUUUUUUUCCUGAGCUCCAAAUCAACCAACAAAAUUCAAAUCUCUGAGAUAGUUUUCUGAUAAACUUUGGGACAAAGAAUCUGCUUUAGAUUAACUGAGACUGGCUUGAUCAUGGGUGAGGAAGACACGGUGACCAAUGGCACUGAAACAGUCGUGAAUGGGACUAGCCAGUCAGGGAAAACCAGUGAAGAUGUGACUAAUAAAAAAGGGAAGGAAAAUGUCGGGGUAAAGGAAAUGGAUGUAGAUAAGAAAGGUGACGAGAAAGCUGAAGUGGAGAAAAUGGAUGAAGACCUAGAGGCCAAUGGAUGCAAAGAUGAAAAAUUGAAAGAAGAAACAAAGGAAUCCAAAGUUGAGGAAAAGAAAGAAGAAAAUGGUCCAAAUGAAAUUAAGAUAGGUGAUGAGAAUGCUGAAGUUGAAAAAAUGGAUGAAGACCUAGAGGCUGAUGGAAGCAGAGAUGAAAAAUUAAAAGAAGAAAAAGAGGAACUUAAAGUAGAGGAAAUGGAAGAAGAAACUGGUCCGAAUGAAAAAAAGGAGACCGAAGAAAAGACUGAAGAAAAGAGGGAAUUUGAAGUGGAGGAGGACAAGGUAAAGAAGGCAGAAGAGAAGGCAGAAGAGUUGGAAGAAGAAAAAGAAGAGAAAGAAGAAGAAAAGGAAGAAGAGAAGGAAGAAGAGAUGGAAGAAGAGAAGGAAGAAGAAAAGGAAGAAUAUAAGGAAGAAGCGAGGGCAAAAGAAGCUAAGGUGGAGAAAGGGCCGAGGAAGCGUGGAAAAGGAAAGAGUGUGGAGAAAACUAAAGAGAAGAAAAAGGAAGUGGCAGAAAAGAAGGAGCCAGAGCAAAGGACUCCUACUACUGAUCGACCUGUACGUGAGCGGAAAUCAGUUGAAAGGCUGGUGGCAUCUAUUGAAAAAGAUGCUGUCAGGGAAUUCCAAAUAGAAAAGGGGCGCGGUACACCAUUGAAAGACAUACCUAAUGUGGCUUUCAAGUUGUCAAGAAGGAAAUUGGAUGAUAGCUUAAAACUACUUCACACAAUUCUUUUUGGAAGGAGAGGGAAGGCAGCUGAGGUCAAGAGUAAUAUAUCCCGAUUUUCUGGUUUUGUCUGGCGUGGAAAUGAGGACAAGCAAAAGACUAAGGUGAAAGAGAAAUUUGACAAGUGUAAUAAAGAGAAGUUGUUGGAAUUCUGUGAUCUGCUGAACUUACCAAUUUCCAAAGCUACUACUAGGAAGGAGGAUAUAGUUGCAAAGCUGAUAGACUUUUUGGUGUCCCCUCAUGCCACAACCACUUCUCUCCUUGCAGAAAAAGAGUCAAGUAAGGGCAAAAAGCGCAAGAGGGCAACUAAAGGAAGUUCAUCAGCAUCUGGGGGCACAAAUUCAAAGCGCUCAGCAAAGAAUCGUAGAAAGAAUGAUGAUGAUUCAAAAUUGGACGACAAGAGUGCAGCAGAUACAGAAGAUGAGUCAGAGGAAGAUGAGAAAGAAGAUGAAGAAAAUGUUGAGGAGGAAAACGAAAAUGGUGUUCACGAAAACUCUGAGGAUGAGACGCCUGAGCAUUCAGAAAGUGAGGAGAAACUUGAUUCUUCAGAUGAUAGUGAAGAAGAAGUGGAAAAGCAAAAGCCAAGGCGAAAAUCAUCAUCCAGAAAGAAGGGUUCUUCUGCUAAAGCUCAAACUAAAAAAGCCACAGGUUCUGCUAAAUCUACUCCACCACCUACUAAAUCACCAAAGAAGUCAUCAUCAAAACGCACUCCGGUGGAUGAUGACAGCGAUACGAGUCCAAAGGCAUCCUCAAGGAAGAAGAAAAAUGAGAAAGUCUCAAAAGUUCCAACUCCAACAAAAUCUGCCUCAAAGGAAAAGCCUGGGAAAAAGGUUGCUAAAGGGAAGGACAAGACCAAGGAGGAAAAAUUGAGGCCAAGUGAUGACAAAUUGAGAGAUGCAAUAUGUCAAAUUCUCAAAGAGGUUGACUUUAAUACGGCUACUUUCACCGACAUUCUGAAGCAACUUGCUCGGCAAUUUGAUACAGAUCUCAGCCCGAGAAAGUCAUCCAUAAAGCUCAUGAUCCAGGAAGAGCUUACGAAAUUAGCUGAUGAGGCAGAUGAAGAAGAAGAAGAAGGGGGCCCAGAGAAAGAUGAAACCGAGUCUGCCGGGCAAGAGGUGGAAGCCUGACCAAUAAUAAGGGUUAUGACUGCAUGGACAUAGUAUAGCCCCUUUGUUUAUGCCUUUUGUUUUCAUAACUUAUCUUAAUCCUGCAUGUACUAUUUAGUCUGUCACAGUAAGCUGGCUGUAAUUUGUUGUUGGUGCUCUGUUUGCUGGAAAGUAGACUAGUAAAUUAAAACCAGUGGAUGUGGAAUUACCCUCAGGUUCUGCUGCCAUGCGGGAAGGCAGUUUGUUAUGUACACAUUAACAUAAUUUGUAGCAAUUUUACUAUCUAAUAUAACCAGCCUUUUUCUGGAUGA